AGCAAGUUAAAAUGGGAGAGUCCGUUAAUCUAAUCUUUAUACAUAUUGAGCUGGAUAUAAUUUACGCAAUUAAGUUACAAUAAUGUGUCCGUGACGUACAAGUCGUCCUAUAUUUUUUUUCAAGGAUUAUAGAGCACGUAAUCGUUUAAAUUAUAUGCGACAACUUAAGACGCUCCUAAAAAUAAAACUGACUCCAAUUUUUUUGUCAAUUAAUCGGUAUUAAAGGAAGGGAUUAUUUGAUUUAGAUUUGUAUCGCGGUAAUAAGCCGGUAAAAUAAUUAGGUAGGCGUGCGUAAUUACUUACAAACAUAAGCUUGAAUAAUUUUUAAGAAAUAAUCGGGUAUGAGAAAAAGGACAAACCAAGGAUCGAAGGAGAGCCCCAGGCUACGUAUAAAAAUUCAGGUCAAUGCGUGAGGAGCCCGAAUUGUGUAUGUUACAAAACUGGUGGGGUAAGAACCACUAAGUCUAUAUAGAUCGGUCAAAAAAUCGCAGAGCCUUUACUUCUUUCGGUGAUUUCGUUCGAUUUGACAACCAUACGUGUUUAAAGAUGACAGUGUUUUACCACACCGUGAUUUUCAUUAUUCUAGCAAUCUCCAGAUCGAUAGCAGUCCUCGAUAUCCCAUAUGAAGGAUUUGGUGACCCAUCCUCGAGCACCCCUACGUUUAUCUAUAGUUCUCAAGAACCAACUGCAAUUUUUCGUGGUUAUUCAUACACGAUCGAUGACUCGACAGGCGGAAACAGCAGAGUAUUCUUUGUCGUUGGUCCUGAUUCAUUCGAUCAAGUAAAAAUAGAGGUCACAAGAACGCAACCCACUCAAAAUGUUAAGAGUGUUACCUUGAAUGGAGCUACCGAAGACACAAAGUCUUUAAAAAAUGAAACAUCAACAGUUUUGAGCGAAAACUCUGAGAAACCUGAUAAAGUAUCGACUAUGGACGAAAAUUCCAAAAUGGUAGAAAAAUCUGCUGAGCCAGCAUCAAAAGAAGCAGGAAGUAAGCAGAUCGAUCAACAGUUGCUGUCAUUUCAACAGCCGUAUCCUAUUUUCCGAUUCAAUUUUCCCCAGGCCCAGUAUCCGGGUCUUUUUUCUGGAUUUUAUGAAACACCAAGUGAUUUAACAAAUCAAUUUUAUUCUCUAUACAAUCAGGACUUCUUGCACGUAAAUGGCGGUGACCAAAUUUAUCUGAAGAGUACUCCUUACAUCCAGUCUUUGUACAGUUCGUUCGUACCACUUGCUUAUCAACAUUCACAGUUCGGACCAGUUGGGAACACCUUUAAUGGAUUAUUCCAAAGUGAUAAGAAAGAAAAUGGGGAUGGUCAAAUUUUGAAUUCCAAGGACCAAGAAAUCAAUGGAAAGGUGAAACCUGUCACAAUGAUCAGUGAAAAGAAAUCUUUGGAUGAGAAGGUGAUGUCAUCGACAACCGAGGCAAAAACAGUGAAGGAAGCUACUACGGUUUCCGCAGAAAUUACUUCCAUGGCAGCAGAAAUGAAUGGCAAAUCUAAUUCUCAGGAAAAUUCGAAAACCGAAUAAAUGACAAUAAGCGAAUUUAGACUUGAUUGACCGAGACUGUGCACAUAAACAAUGGAAUUUUGAAAAUGGAAAAUCUUGAUAUCCAAAAAUGUACAUAAUAUUGUUACAAAACCUUGAUUGCUAUAAUUACAAUACAGGUUUUUUAAGAAGGGUG